CUAGGAGCGGGCCAAGUUAAGUGGGGCUCGUCCUCCAAUCCCGGAGAUACAAGGGGCGGACGGGAGGAGGGGUUUAGCUUCUCUUUUAUAAAGUAAUUUCUGUCCGCCCUCCCGGUGCGUGACAUCUGCCCCUAGGUGUGCUUGCUACCUGCGCUGCACCUCGGUGUUGUGGUCUCGCUGGUUGCUUUCCUUCCCCUUCCUCCCAUGACUUCGGUGACCAGAAGUGUGUUUGGGGACCUCCCCGGUGGAGGAGGGAUUGUAGAGAAGUUCCAUCUACAGUCAGACCAGCUGAGGGUGGAGAUAAUCACCCUGGGCUGCACCAUCACCGCUUUGGAGGUCAAAGACAGGGAUGGGAAAUUCUCAGAUGUGGUGCUGGGCUUUGCCGAGCUAGAAGGGUAUCUCAAGAAGCAUCCAUACUUUGGAGCAGUAGUUGGUCGAGUGGCCAACCGAAUUGCCAAAGGGACGUUCACUGUGGAUGGGAAAGAAUACAAGUUGGCCAUCAACAACGGACCUAAUAGUCUACAUGGAGGACUAAAAGGCUUUGACAAGGUCCUUUGGACCCCUCAAGUGGUACCAAAUGGCGUUCAGUUCUCCCGGAUCAGUCCAGAUGGAGAGGAAGGCUAUCCUGGCGAGUUGAAAGUUUGGGUCACGUACACGCUUGAUGGGGGGCAGUUAAUAGUGAAUUACAAAGCCCAGACCAGCAGCACCACACCAGUCAGUCUGACCAACCACUCGUAUUUCAACUUGGCGGGCCAGGGUUCUCCGAAUAUAUAUGAUCACCAAGUUUGUAUAGAUGCUCAAGCUUUUUUGCCGGUCAGCGAUAACCUGAUCACUACUGGAAAAGUGGAAUCUGUACAGGGGACUGCGUUUGACUUGAGGAAGCCUGUGGAACUUGGAAAGCACAUAGAGAAGUUCCAGAUGAAUGGUUUUGACCACAACUUCUGUCUGAAGGAUACGCAAGAGAAGCAAUUUUGUGCAAGGGUCUAUCAUCCUCCCACCGGGCGGAAGCUAGAAGUAUACACAACCCAGCCUGGGGUUCAAUUUUACACGGCCAAUUUCCUUGAUGGAACGCUGAAGGGAAAGGGGGGUGCUGUGUACCCCAAACACUCAGGUUUUUGCCUUGAGACCCAGAACUGGCCAGAUGCAGUCAACAAGCAACAUUUUCCUCGUGUACUGCUCCAUCCGGGUGAAGAGUAUAACCACACUACUUGGUUCAAUUUUUCUGUGGCUUAAGGAGGUCCACAUUGGCCCUACCAGAUGAAGAGCACAAACGAUGGAAAUGCACCUAAAGCCUCUUUGGAGACCGAGGUCCUAGGUCUCCCCUUCAUAAAAGGGGAGGUGUAUGUUUCAAGGAGCUAAAAGUAAUCAACUGGGUUGAAGUAAUCGCAGUGACAGAUGCUAGAUUAAUUAGUCAGAUUCUCAAAUACUGGUGAUCUUCUAAAAUGACUAACUCCAGGCUGUGCUUAAAGGUCAGCUCGGUUCCCUGUGCUAAUGAGGGCAGCAAGAAAUGAUAAGGAACACCAUUCAUUGCAAUCCAGAGUCUCUUCCCAUAGACUAGGUGGAAGUAACUGGGGGCAUUAGUACUCUGAGGACUAGGGACAGCGAAGGCAAUUGUGGGUGGCCCAUCGCCAUUCAUAUUUCUCUCUUCUCCUUUCCCUUUCCCCGUCUUUUUUCUUCUCUCCCUAUGCCUAAGGGCAUUACUUGUGGAACUCUAGGUAAAGAGUUUCUGACUCCUUUUCUGGCUAUUUCAUCCCCCACUUGACCUUCAUAAAAAUUGCUCCCAAGUAGGAGAGAGCUGAGCAAGGGACAUGAGGUACUUGUGCUUCGUAUUAUUUGCCUUUAAUAUGUGGUGGUGAGGGAGGUGAUUGGUUCCCCACCUCUGGUUUAACCCAACCCCCUAAGGCCAGCAAAACUUCAAACUGUGUAGCAUAUUCUUCUGUAUUCCACUUUAGUAUGAGUGAAUUAGGCUAAACUCAAAACUUAAUGGAGAUGACCUGUUGGAAGUAGACUAGGAUAUUCGAUACUACUUGUCAGUCUGGCUGCCAGAAACCUUAUUUUGUAGAACAACACAAUUGCCAGUAUUUGUAGUAUGUUAAUGAUCUUUAGAGUAUCAGAAAUACCAAAUAAUUUUGUUAUGCACUCGUGCCCAUUCUGAAUCCAAUAAAAUUCUGCAUGUUGAAAA